AUGCUGAAAUUAAUAAUUUUAAUUUUUUUUGCGAACCAGGUUUUUGGUCAAGAAGCAGAAGGUAAUGGAAAUGAGCAAGAAGCAGAGAAUGAAGAUGAGCAAGAAGAGCCGCAGCCACCGCAGGAGGACGAGGAGAAUCCGCAGGAAGAGGAAGAGCAGGAGGCGCAAGAAGAGGAAACUACAGAAGCCCCCACAACUACAGAACCAACAACAGACAAUCCCCUGACAGCUUUAUUUAAAGCCAAAAUGAAUUUCCUAAAAUCAUUGUUCGAGACAGGUCUUCAAGCAAAAAGAAAAAUUUUUGAUGCAAUUAACGAAAUAAUUCAAGCAAAACUGAAUACAACAGAACAGAUAGCAAAUUCAUUAUCUAGACGGACCUGA